AAGCGCGCAGCUUCUGUGACACAACCGCUUCUCCUCCGGACCCUCCCACAGCCUCACGGACUAACGGCUAACCGACCUUCAAUCCCUGCCACCGCUGCCGGUUACGGGGAGUCCGCGCGGUCGGGGUCCCGCCGCCGCGACAUGUCGCAAAAGCCGAAGAGCCGGGGCCGCCCCACUUCCCAGGGCGAGCGGGAGCCGGGUGGCGGCGGCGAGGAGGCCCCGAGCACGUCUCGCGGGCCGGGCGGCGCCGCGUCGCAGCGGCGGGCCCAGGCCUCCCCCGCGCCGGGGCCGCGCUCGCAGAAGCAGCUGGAGCUGAAGGUGGCGGAGCUGGUGCAGUUCUUGUUGAUCAAGGACCAGAGGAAGAUCCCUAUCCGCCGCACCGACAUCCUGCGGCAUGUGGUCGGCGACUACAAGGAUGUGCUCCCAGAGCUGCUACAGCGGGCGGCCGAGCGCCUGGAGUACGUGUUCGGGUACCGGCUGGUGGAGCUGGAGCCGCGCAGCAACACCUACAUUCUGGUCAACACGCUGGAACCGGUGGAAGAGGACGCGGAGGUGCGCGGCGACCAGGGAACGCCCACCACUGGGCUGCUCAUGAUCGUACUGGGGCUCAUCUUCAUGAAAGGCAAUACCAUCAAGGAGACCGAGGUCUGGGACUUCCUGAGGCGCCUCGGGGUACACCCCGACAAGAAGCACCUCAUCUUCGGGGAACCCAAGAAGCUCAUCACCGAGGACUUCGUGCGGCAGCGAUACCUGGAUUACCGGCGCAUCCCGCACACGGACCCCGUGGACUACGAGCUCCAGUGGGGCCCGCGCACCAACCUGGAGACCAGCAAGAUGAAGGUGCUCAAGUUUGUGGCUAAAGUCCACAACCAGGACCCCAAGGACUGGCCGGCGCAGUACUGCGAGGCUUUGGCGGACGAGGAGGCCAGGGCCAGACCCCAGCCCGCGGGCCCUAGUCCAGCCACUGCCUCUGCCCCAACCCCUGCUCCUGUCUCUUGAAAUCUGAGACACACCCCAGGGCCCGCUCCCUCCCCAGGGGAAGGGCUGGAGGUGGGAGGAAGCAUCUUGCUUGUUUAAAUGCGUGGUAGUUCCAGGACGUGUUUGCAAACUUUAAUUCUUGUAAUGUUGUAAGUCGUUUUGAUUCUAAAAUUUCAUUUAGAGGGUGACUUGUUUUGUUUUGAUUUGCUUCAGUGUCUGUGUUUUUUGGUGUAAAGAUCUUGUUAGCUUUAUAAAGCGAAUUGGAAAACUUCCUACCCGGAUCUGGAACUGCCAAGGAAAUAUAAGCGAACUGGCCCUUGUCCGGCCUUUGAACUGCCCCACUCUGUAAAGGAAAAGUCUUCGUAAAUUGAAAACGAAAGUGUAAUUGCCUAUAUCCCCUAUUACCUUAACGCAGCUAUUUUAAAAAUCUGUUCUCUAUGCAUAUAAGCAUUUUGAGUCAUUCUAAGCAAUGUGUGUAUUGUAGUUUUUCCAAAUAAUUUUUUACAUUGAUAAUUACUAUGCUGUGUGGCUGACCAUUUUGUUCAAUUUUUUUUGCUACUAUAGUUAUAAUAAAUACUGUAUUUUUGAAGCAGUUUAGCAUUAUGCAUUUAUUUUAACCCUAACUCAUGAGAAAUUUCAUGACUGAAAACCAGCGUCAUAAGGAAAAAAGAAAACAAUUUUUGUUACAUAUCAUUGAGGUAAAUAGUGUUUUGUUGAAGUUGCUUUACCUUUAUAUGUGUGACAUACUGGAUCAUGAUGUAAAAUUAUUUCUGUGGGUCAUGGAAAAGUUGAUAAAAGUCUUAGUGAUUAACCAUGCCUAUUUGGGAAUCAGACUACCUGGGUUCAGAGUCUGCCUCACUUACAAAUUUAAGGAGAUUAAGUUGUACACAGACCUUUCCUCACCUAUAAAACGGGUUGAUGCUGCCUGUUACUGUGUAUGGUAGUGUGAUAAUUAGGUAUGGAAGUUUAUGUAAAGUUAUGGGCACAAAUUUGUUUAAAUUGGGCUUUUUUUCCUUGGCUUAAGACUGUUAAAGUUUUUUCUUUUUAACUUUUUCUUUCAUUCUCUUGUAAAUCAUGACUGUUCUUCUAGUCC